GAGCGCUUGCGGCCGCGUGGACGUGGCUCCGGGCAGGUCCCGGGGGCUCCUGCGCACCUGCCCGCGCGGACCCAGGUGUCUUCCUCUCACCUGCCCGGCCCUCGGGCCCGCGGGGAACACCUCUUCCCCGGAGAGCUCGGAGCCGGGCCCCGACAUGGACUCAGUGGUCUUUGAGGAUGUGGCUGUGGACUUUACCCUGGAGGAGUGGGCUUUGCUGGAUUCUGCUCAGAGGAAGCUCUACAGAGAUGUGAUGCUGGAAAACUUGAAAAACCUGGCCGCAGUGGAUGAUGAGACUCAAUUGAAGGCCAGUGGGUCUGUUUCUCAGCAGGAUGCUUAUGGGAAUAAAAUAUCCAAGGGAAACAAAUUGGCAAAGUUCACCAGAAAUGAAUCCUGGGCCUCCGUUUUAGGGAAAAUUUGGGAAGAACUCAGCACGGAAGAUCAGCCCACAAACCAGGGGAGACAUCUGAGAAAUCCUGUGGUGGAGAGACUCUCUGAAGGUAAUGGUCAGUGCAGGGAAGGCUCCAGUCAGAUUCCAAAUCUUAAUCUGUGUGAGAAAACUCUUUGCGGAGUUAAAGAGGAUGAAUGCAGUGAGUAUGAGAAAGUCUUCGGGUGUCCCUCCCUCGAGAGUCACAUCGCCAUGCACGCUGGACACAAAGCGUACCGGUGUCAGGAGUGUGGGCGGGCCUAUAGCUGUCAUGCACACCUAAGAAUGCAUGGGAGAACCCACAACAGAGAGAGAACCUACGCGUGUAAAUUAUGUGGAAAAACCUUUCCUCGUACCUCUUCCCUCAACCGGCACGUAAGGAUUCACACUGCUGAGAAAACCUAUGAGUGUCAGCAGUGUGGGAAAGCCUUCAUUGAUUUCUCAAGUCUUACUAGUCAUGUGAGAACUCACACUGGAGAGAAGCCAUAUAAGUGCAAGGAAUGUGGGAAAGCCUUCAGUUAUUCCUCAACUUUCCGGAGACACAUGAUAACGCACACUGGAGAGAAGCCCUAUAAAUGUAAGGAAUGUGGGGAAGCCUUCAGCUACUCCUCAACUUUUCGGAGGCAUAUGAUCUCACACACUGGGGAGACACCACAUAAAUGUAAGGAAUGUGGAGAAGCCUUCAGCUACUCCUCAGCUUUUCGCAGGCACAUGAUCUCACACACUGGAGAGAAGCCCUACGAAUGUAAACAGUGUGGGAAAACCUUUAUUUACCUGCAGUCCUUCCGGAGACACGAAAGGAUUCACACUGGAGAGAAACCCUACGAAUGCAAACAAUGUGGGAAAACCUUCAUUUAUCCCCAGUCCUUUCGAAGACACGAAAGGACUCAUGGUGGACAGAAGCCCUAUGAGUGCAGCCAGUGUGGGAAAGCCUUCAGCCAUCCCUCGUCCUUUCGAGGGCAUAUGAGAGUGCACACUGGGGAGAAACCUUAUGAAUGCAGUCAGUGUGGCAAAACUUUCAACUGGCCCAUCUCCUUACGAAGACAUAUGAGGACACACACCAGAGAGAAACCCUACGAGUGCAAACAGUGUGGGAAAGCCUUCAAUUUGUCUGCUUGCUUUCGAGAACAUGUGUGGAUGCAUCCAGGAGACAAGUCCUAUCAAUGCAAGCUAUGUGGGAAAGCGUUCUAUUGCCACAUAUCCUUACAGAAACACAUGAGAAGGCACACCGCAGAGAAACUCUAUGAAUGCAAGCAGUGCGGGAAAGCUUUCAGUUGGCCUGAACUCCUGCAGCAGCACGUGAGAACACAUACGGCGGAGAAGCCCUAUGAAUGUAAGGAAUGCGGGAAGGUCUUCAAAUGGCCGUCAUCCUUGCCGAUACAUAUGAGAGUGCACACUGGAGAGAAACCCUAUGAAUGUAAGGAGUGUGGGAAGGCCUUUAGUUGUUCCUCAUCCUUAAGAAGACAUGUAAGGAUACACACUACCGAGAGACACUACUUAUGCACUGCGGGAAAUUCUGCAGAUGAAUUCAUGCCCCAUGCUUCAGAAAAUCCACACCAGGAGAGAAAUCUGAUAAAAGUUGUAAAUAUGGUACUGCCUUUGUGAGAACCCCAUCAAAGUGGACCCAUGGGGUGUGCAUUUCCUGUUCUUUUACUGGAUAAAAACUUGGGUGCAGAAUAGCUCUCCAAGUACUCUUAGCUUUCAUACGAAAGUUUGCAAAUACUAUGUUUUCCCCUACAUUUCAGUAAAUAAACCUAUCUUUACAGUUUGUUGGA